GGCGGGGGCGUGGCCGCGGCGGGCGCACCUGGGUGACGUCAGCGGCGCUCACCUGCGAUGGCGGCGGGGCGGCUCCUCCCGCUGCUGCUGCUGCUGCUGCUGGGGGGCCCGGGGGGCUCCGCCCGCGACCCCCCGAGCGGCCCCGCCGCCCUCGCCGCCCGGUGCCGGUUACCGGCGCUCACCGGCCGCUGCCGCGCCUCCAUCCCGCGCUGGUUUUUCAACGCCUCCUCCGGGAGCUGCGAGAGUUUCGUGUUCGGCGGCUGCGGCGGCAACGGGAACAACUUCGGCAGCGAGCGGGAGUGCCGGGAGAGCUGCGGGGCGGAGCCGGGCACCGCUCCCUCCAGCCCUGUCGACCCCAAUUCCACCUUGGCAGAGCUGUGCUCGGCGCCGCCGGUGACGGGCCCGUGCCGGGCGGCGUUCCCGCGCUGGUUUUACGUCCCGGCGGAGAAAUCGUGCCGGGAAUUCACCUACGGCGGCUGCCGCGGCAACGCCAACAACCACCGCGACGAGCGCGAGUGCCUGCGCCGCUGCCGGCCCCAGGGUGAUUUUGGUGGCGAAUUCCGGAGAUUCUUCUCCUCCAAAGGGCUGGCGCUGGUGGCCCUGCUGGCCCUGCUGGCCCUGCUGGCCGCGGGGCUGGCCCUGGCCCGGGGGCGCUGCCGGGCGCCGCCGCGAGCGCCGGGAGCCGCCGGCGACGACCGCGAGUGCCUGAUGAAGGAGCCCUACCCCGCCUGAGGGCCCGAAAACGCCCGGAUUCACCCCAAAAACACCCCAAAAAUACCCAAAAAUAACCCCAAAAACACCCCAAAAAUAACCCAAAAAAUACCCCAAAAACAUCCCAAAAACACCCCAAAAAUAACCCCAAAAACACACAAAAAACACCCCAAAAACACCCCAAAAACACCCCAAAAAUAACCCCAAAAACACCCCAAAAACACCCCAAAAAUAACCCCAAAAACACCCCAAAAACACCCCAAAAAUAAUCCCAAAAACACCCCAAAAAUACCCCAAAAACAUCCCAAAAAUAACCCCAAAAACACCCCAAAAAUACCCCAAAAAUAACCCAAAAACACCCCAAAAAUAAUCCCAAAAAUAAUCCCAAAAACACCCCAAAAACACCCCAAAAACACCCCAAAAAUAACCCCAAAAACACCCCAAAAAUAACCCCAAAAACACCCCAAAAAUAACCCCAAAAACACCCCAAAAACAUCCCAAAAACACCCCAAAAAUAAUCCCAAAAAUACCCCAAAAACAUCCCAAAAACAUCCCAAAAAUACCCCAAAAACACCCCAAAAAUAACCCCAAAAACACCCCAAAAAUACCCCAAAAACAUCCCAAAAAUAACCCCAAAAAUAACCCCAAAAAUUACCCAAAACCGGCCCCAAAAUCCCCUCCCUGACAACUGAUUUUUAGUGAUUUUUGUAGGGAAUAAAUGGAAUUUUGGGGAAGGGUGGGUGGGGAAAGAACCCUAAAAAAUCCUUUAAAAAUCCACAAAAAAUCCACAAAAAAUAUCCCCAAAAAUCCCCUGAAAAAUAAAAAAAAUCCCUAAAAAUAUAAAAAAAAAACCCCUAAAAAAUACCCAAAAAAUCCCCCAAAACCGGCCCCCAGAAUCCCCUCCCUGAGCCGCUCCUGGCAAUGAUCCGCGCUCUGAUUUUUAGUGAUUUUUGUAGGGAAUAAAUGGAAUUUUGGGGAAGGGUGGGUGGGGGAAAAAAAUCCUGAAAAAAUCAACAAAAAAUCCAUUUAAAAAAUCCCUGAAAAUAAAAAAAAAAUCCCCUUAAAAUAUAAAGAAAUACCAAAAAAAUUACCCAAAAAUUACCCAAAAAUGGUCCCAAAAUCCCCUCCCUGAUCCGCUUCUGACAACUGAUUUUUAGUGAUUUUUGUAGGGAAAAAAAUGGAAUUUUGGGGAAGGGUGGGUGGGGGAAACAACCCUAAAAAAAAUCCAAAAAAUUUAAAAAAAAAAAUCCCCAAAUAUAAUGAAAAAAAACCAAAAAAAUCCCCUCCAAAAUACCCAAAAAAUACCUCAGAAACACUCAAAAAAACCCCAAAAAUUACCCAAAAAUCCCCCAAAACCAGACCCAAAAUCCCCUCCUGAGCCGCUCCUGGCAAUGAUCCGCGCUCUGAUUUUUAGUGAUUUUUGUAGGGAAUAAAUGGAAUUUUGGGGAAGGGUGGGUGGGGAAGAAAUCCUUAAAAAUCCUUUAAAAAUCCACAAAAAAUCCACCAAAAAUCACAAAAAAAACCCCUCAAAAUCCCUGAAAAAUGAUUUAAAAAAUCCUCUAAAAAUAUCAAAAAAACUACCCAAAAAAAACCCAAAAAUUACCCAAAAAUCCCCCAAAACCGUCCCCAAAAUCCCCUUCCUGAGCCGCUCCUGGCAAUGAUCCACGCUCUGAUUUUUAGUGAUUUUUGUAGGGAAUAAAUGGAAUUUUGGGGAAGGGUGGGUGGGGAAAAAAUCCUGAAAAAAUCAACAAAAAAUCCAUUUAAAAAAUCCCUGAAAAAUAAAAAAAAAUCCCCUUAAAAUAUAAAAAAAAUACCAAAAAAAUUACCCAAAAAUUACCCAAAAAUGGUCCCAAAAUCCCCUCCCUGAUCCGCUUCUGACAACUGAUUUUUAGUGAUUUUUGUAGGGAAAAAAAUGGAAUUUUGGGGAAGGGUGGGUGGGGGAAACAACCCUAAAAAAAUCCAAAAAAUUUAAAAAAAAAAAUCCCCAAAUAUAAUGAAAAAAAACCAAAAAAAUCCCCUCCAAAAUACCCAAAAAAUACCUCAGAAACACUCAAAAAAACCCCAAAAAUUACCCAAAAAUCCCCCAAAACCAGACCCAAAAUCCCCUCCUGAGCCGCUCCUGGCAAUGAUCCGCGCUCUGAUUUUAGUGAUUUUUGUAGGGAAUAAAUGGAAUUUUGGGGAAGGGUGGGUGGGGAAGAAAUCCUUAAAAAUCCUUUAAAAAUCCACAAAAAAUCCACCAAAAAUCACAAAAAAAACCCCUCAAAAUCCCUGAAAAAUGAUUUAAAAAAUCCUCUAAAAAUAUCAAAAAAACUACCCAAAAAAAACCCAAAAAUUACCCAAAAAUCCCCCAAAACCGUCCCCAAAAUCCCCUUCCUGAGCCGCUCCUGGCAAUGAUCCACGCUCUGAUUUUUAGUGAUUUUUGUAGGGAAUAAAUGGAAUUUUGGGGAAGGGUGGGUGGGGAAAAAAUCCUGAAAAAAUCAACAAAAAAUCCAUUUAAAAAAUCCCUGAAAAAUAAAAAAAAAUCCCCUUAAAAUAUAAAAAAAAUACCAAAAAAAUUACCCAAAAAUUACCCAAAAAUGGUCCCAAAAUCCCCUCCCUGAUCCGCUCCUGACAACUGAUUUUUAGUGAUUUUUGUAGGGAAAAAUGGAAUUUUGGGGAAGGGUGGGUGGGGAAAACAACCCUAAAAAAAUCCAAAAAAUUAAAAAAAAAAAUCCCCAAAUAUAAUGAAAAAAAACCAAAAAAAUCCCCUCCAAAAUACCCAAAAAAUACCUCAGAAACACUCAAAAAAACCCCAAAAUACCCAAAAAUCCCCCAAAACCAGACCCAAAAUCCCCUCCCUGAGCCGCUCCUGGCAAUGAUCCGCGCUCUGAUUUUUAGUGAUUUUUGUAGGGAAAAAAUGGAAUUUUGGGGAAGGGUGGGUGGGGAAGAAAUCCUUAAAAAUCCUUUAAAAAUCCACAAAAAAUCCACCAAAAAUCACAAAAAAACCCCCUCAAAAUCCCUGAAAAAUGAUUUAAAAAAUCCUCUAAAAAUAUCAAAAAAACUACCCAAAAAAAAACCCAAAAAUUACCCAAAAAUCCCCCAAAACCGUCCCCCAAAAUCCCCUUCCUGAGCCGCUCCUGGCAAUGAUCCACGCUCUGAUUUUUAGUGAUUUUUGUAGGGAAUAAAUGGAAUUUUGGGGAGGGUGGGUGGGGGAAAAACCCUAAAAAAACCCAUAAAAAAGUAAAAAAAAAAAUCCAGAAAAUUAUAAAAAAUCCAAAAAUAAAAUUAGAAAACCCAAAGAAACCCCCCCAAAAAAUCCUAAAAAUUUGGGGCGUCUCCUCCUUUUUCCCACCUGGAUUUUUGAUUUUUUUUUUAACUUUUAGGGGUUUUUUUGGGCUUUUUAAUUUUUUUUUGUUUGGGUUUUUUUGUUGUUUUGUUUAGGAUUUUUUUUAGUUCUUGUGGUUUUUUGGGUUUUUUGGGGGGGGGCUUGGGGUGAUUUUUUGGGUUUUUUUUGAGUUUGUUGUAGAUUUUUUUAGUUUUUUUUUUUAGUUUUUUGGAGGAUUUUUUGGGAUUUUUUUUUUGUUUUGGGGAUUUUUUUUGGCUUUUUGGGGUCCCCACCCCCCUGUUUAUGUGAUUUUGGGUUUCGGGGGGGAUUUGUGAUUUUUGGGUGCAAUCGAGGCGAUUUUGGGUUUUUGGGAAGGGUUUUUUUACAUUCCAGGGAUUUGUUGGAAUAAAGGGAAAAUCAAAAACCCCAAA